AUGUAUAAAGGGUUUUCACGCAUAUGGACUAUUUAUUGUACAGAUAGAUUACAACCAUGUUUUUCUCCGUUUGUUGGUAGGGUUUUAUGCUCGCGUAAUGGAAAACUUGGUGGUAUAGGUUAUGUUUCCAAAAGAACUAAAAAGCACGAUAAGGGUGGCCCGUCAGCGUUGUUUGUUCCUGUGCCAGUAAAACCUAAUCCUGAUGAUAUAAAUAUAGGAGAGGAAUUCACUGGAAGGUUAAAGAAACAAGACUUACUGAAAAUUUUGAAUAAAUUCUAUCAAAAGGCUGAGGUUAGGGUUUUGGCAUCAGAGAAUGGUAUAGAUGACCAAUUACUACAUCAGGCCUUUCUUUCAUUUAGGAGGCAUUGUUUAGAACAUGAUUUACCACCAGAUUUACACAUAACCAUAAGUGAUAUACUUGUUGGUGCAGGUCACGUUGAUGACCUUUUUCCAUAUUUUCUUAGACAUGCUAGACUUGCAUUUCCACAUUUAGACUGUUUAGAAGAUUUAAAGAAAAUAUCAGACUUAAGAACACCAGCCAAUUGGUAUCCUCAAGCUCGUAAUAUGAACAGGAAGAUAAUAUUCCAUGCAGGACCAACAAAUUCGGGUAAAACUUACCAUGCUAUGGAAAAGUAUUUAACUUCUAAAUCUGGCGUUUAUUGUGGACCACUUAAGCUUUUAGCCACAGAAAUAUAUCACAAAUCUAAUAAGCGAGGUACCCCUUGUGACUUAAUAACUGGUGAAGAAAGACGGCAUGCAACACAGUACAAUACUCUGCUAGACAAUGAGGAAGAAAAAACAAGUGAACAGAGUCUGUUGUUAGAUGAACCAGAAUUGACGCCCUCAAAACAUGUAGCUUGUACUGUGGAAAUGACAUCACUGAAUGAUACUUAUGAAGUAGCAAUUAUUGAUGAAAUUCAAAUGAUCGGGGAUAGAGGAAGAGGUUGGGCUUGGACAAGAGCAGUUUUAGGUUUACAAGCAGAGGAAAUACAUUUAUGUGGUGAGGCUGGAGCGAUAAAUUUAGUUGAAGAAAUCUGUAAUACUACAGGUGAAGAAAUGGAGAUACGUUCCUAUAAAAGACUAACAGAACUGAAGGUGGAGGAUUCUUCGUUGGGCUCGCUCGAUAACGUGCGGGCAGGCGAUUGUAUUGUGUGUUUUAAUAAGAACGACAUAUACAGUGUUAGUCGAGCCAUAGAACAGAGAGGUCAUGAAGUAGCUGUGAUAUAUGGAAGUCUGCCGCCUGGUACUAAGUUAGCUCAAGCCAAUAAGUUCAAUGAUCCGGAUAGCUCUUGCAAGAUCAUGGUGGCAACAGAUGCUAUUGGCCUUGGUAUCAAUUUGAGUAUAAGAAGAAUCAUAUUUUAUUCCCUGAUAAAACCGGUUGUCAAAGAUGACGGAGACAAAGAAAUGGACGUAAUUAGUAUAUCCCAAGCUUUGCAAAUCGCCGGUCGAGCAGGCCGAUAUGGCAGCGCUUGGGAGACGGGGUACGUAACCACGUACAAGGCGGAGGAUUUACCCACUCUCAAAACGUUGCUAUCCCAAUCACCUGACCCGGUUACACAGGCGGGUCUACACCCCACGGCCGAACAGAUGGAGUUGUACGCUUAUCACCUACCGCAUGCCAGCUUGAGUAGUCUUAUGGACAUAUUCGUCCACCUGUGUACAGUCGACGAUUCCCUAUACUUCAUGUGCAACACAGAAGCGUUCAAGUUCCUUGCGGAGAUGAUACAACAUGUGCCGCUGCCGCUCCGCGCUAGAUACGUGUUCUGUUGUGCGCCUAUCAAUAACAAACUGCCCUUUGUUUGUGCUACCUUCCUUAAGAUGGUACGUCAAUACAGUCGUAACGAGCCGUUAACUAAGAAUUGGUUGAGCAAUGCGGUCGAUUGGCCUCUACCUGCGCCCAAAACCAUUAUGGAUCUUGUGCAUUUGGAGGCUGUAUUUGAUGUUUUAGAACUAUACUUAUGGCUUAGCUAUAGAUUUCCAGACAUGUUUCCCGAUGUUAAACUAGUCCGGGAAAUAGAGACAGAAUUAGAUGCUAUUAUACAGCAAGGCAUCUUCCAAAUUACUAGGCUAUUAAGAAACUCAGAACAAGUACUACGCGAUGGCUCCGAGCUGGAAGAGAUCGGAAAAGGGAAGAGGAGUGGAAAAGUGAUACGACCACACUUCAGGCCUGGAGACGAGGCGAAGGGAAAACUGUCUGAAAUGCUCGUAGCUAAGGGUUUGAUAACGCCGCAAAUGUUAAAAAAAUUGCAACAAGAGCUGACUAACGAUAAACAGGAGAAGAUUAUUAGAAGCAAAAUAAAUAGGAACAGGAGGAAAUAG